AUGAAUUCGUAUCACACUUUGGAACUGGUGGGAGAAGGUUCAUUUGGUCGAGUUCAUAAAGGAAUCACCAAAUUUACAGGACAAGUGGUGGCUCUGAAGUUCAUUCCAAAGAUGGGACGCUCAAAGAAAGAGCUGCAAAGUCUCAAGAAGGAAAUUGACAUCAUGAGUAACCUUGAACAUCCAAACAUUGUGAAACUUUUUGACAGCUUUGAAACUGAAACAGAGGUAGUUGUUGUGACCGAGUAUGCCGAAGGUCAAUUGUUCCAGAUUAUUGAAGAUGAUGGGAGUUUACCAGAAUGUCAGGUUUGUGAGAUUGCCUGCCAGCUCGUCUCAGCUCUAUAUUAUUUGCACUCCCGCCGUAUUCUUCAUCGAGAUAUGAAGCCACAAAAUAUCCUCUUUGAUAAAAAUGGUGUGGUGAAACUUUGCGACUUUGGAUUUGCACGAGCAAUGAGUGUCUCUACCAUGGUGCUGACGUCUAUUAAGGGAACACCACUGUACAUGUCCCCUGAGUUAGUGGCAGAGAAGCCUUAUGAUCACACUGCUGACCUCUGGUCUCUGGGUUGCAUUCUUUAUGAACUCCACACAGGGGCGCCUCCAUUCUACACUAAUUCAAUUUUCCACUUGGUGCAGCUCAUUGUCAAAGACCCCAUUAAAUGGCCUGACACUAUGAGCAGCACAUGCAUGAGUUUUCUGAAAGGUUUGUUGACCAAAGACCCUCAGAAGCGACUGUCAUGGCCAGACCUCCUGCACCAUCCUUUUGUUGCUGAUGGUGUUCAAGUGAUUCCAGACACGGAUGUUUUCAGUCCUCUGACUGUCACACCUGACCCAGACAUGUUGGCGCUGAAACUUAAACAAAUGGCAGAAAAGACAUCCCUAAACUCCGGGGAGAGCAGAAUAUUGAGAACGUUUAAAGAACAGAGAAGCAAAAGUACGCCCCCUAGAGAUACAUAUUCAGCUCCAACUCCGUGGACUUUGACAGUCCCUCCAAGUACAUGUCUGAAGAAUCAUGCUGCUGUGAGAUCAAAUCUAGAAAACAGGGGUCCUAUCAGUCAGGACUACGAACGAGAGUUCCCUUCAGUAGAGGUCGGGCCACGACUAAACCGGAGGACACUCAGUUAUGACAUUAUAACGGAACUAGAAAUAUUUUCAGACAGCGACAGUGAGGAAUUCUGGGAGAAGCUUGUUGAGGAGUUAGAAUCAAGCCAACACAAGAAAGACCCAUUAGACUACAACACCAUUAUUGUUAAACUGAAAAACACAAUUGUGCUGUUUAAACAACAGUUAGGUGAAGGUGUCCUGAAAAACAUGCAGUCCAUUCACCUUCCAUUGAGGGCCCUUGAGAGCCUGCUUCUAAACUCUGACCAUACCAUGAGGAACCACAUUGGUAGGGAACUUGGAUUGCCAUGUGUCCUUAUUGACUUGGUGCAUAACUCUGUGGAGAAUCCAUAUUUUGUUGAGCAACCGUGGGGCCUGCAAUCAGUCGGCCAAAUGAUUGUCGUUCUGCUGAUAUACUGCGACAAGAACAAUGACAGCUUGAGAGCGGAAAAUGGACCUGAACAAUUCAUCAAUCCCUUCAUGACGAUUCUUAAUCAAGCAGACCUCUACCCCUUAGCCCCUCUUGCUGCAAGCAUAUUAUCGGUGCUUACUCAACAAAACUUUCCGGUUAAGGCUGACUUGAAUGGUCUUACUUCCUUGCUGAAAGAAUUGGUGUCUGGUUCACGUAAGGUCCAACUUCCACUUCCACCUGGCUGGGGACUCUGUGAUGGCCUCCUGUCUUUACUACUACACACUCUCACUGAGAAUGAUGAUGACGACAUCCCAUUAUGUUGGGAUCCACGCGUGUGUCAUCACAUUUGGCAAGUGAUGGGCACCGCUUUGACAAGGACAAAUGCAUACGUGGACCUCUGUUCAACAAAUGGACUGCAUUAUCUUAUGUCUGUGACAUUGUUCCUCUUCUCCAAGGAUCCCUAUUCAUAUAUUUCACUGUUUUGUGAGAGUCAGUCAACAUUUUUACACACUCUUGGCUGGCUGUUGAGCUCUGAAUGUUCUUUAUUCACUGACGGCCAUUCAGGUACGUUUGAGAAAAGUUUGAGCCACGAGAGCUUUAUCCAGUUUAGUUGCCACUUCCUGUGCCUUCCAUUUGCUUUGGAUUUGAAUUCUGAGACUACUUCGAGGAUAUUGCAAUUGUAUGACAGCUGUGGUGUUGUUCAGGGGCUUCUGCAGGUGAUUCAAACUCUUCCUUUUUCAUUAGUGGAGCUGCCACUGUCACUUCUACGGCGCUUGUUGCUCCAAGACCGUCAGCGCUUUGUUUCCCACUACUGCAAAGCUGCUCGGGGUUUUUUUGCGCCAGCACUGCCUCCAUCGGUUCAGCAGACAAGGACCAGAACCGUCAGUUGUUUGCUGUGUGAUUUGCUGCUGCAGGAGGAGCUAGGCGAAACUGCUGUAGAACUCCUAUCCCUGUUAUACGUCCUAACCCGAUUUUGGCCUCACUCUGGCCAUCUCCAACUUCAUCUUGAACCGACCGUUUUGCGCCAGGCGCUUGCUCACUCUUAUGACCCCAUCAGGGCCGCCACAUGCAAAGUUCUAGGAAAUUUGUAUCCAUUCAAAUCUCCAAAUAUGCCUGAUUUGCAGCUUAGCAUUUUUAAAAGAAUGAUAAACCUUCUUGAAGAUUCUAAUUCGCAUGUGCGGCGGGCAGCUUGCUUGUCAGUUGGCAAAUGGUUGGGUUAUAUUGCAUUUGAGUUUAACACGGCAAGGCCCAAUGAACGUGUAGGGAACAUUACAGAGUGGUUGAAAGUGAAGGACAAUGAUGCACACGAGGGUUCAAGCAGGGAGACAAAAGAGAGCAAUUUAAGGAAAGGCGAGAUGAGUCAGUGGUUAGAAGAAGCCAGGAUGACGGCGGCCACGCUGGCAUCACUCACCUUGAACCCUGAUGCCCACACGCGCCUCCACGCCUGUGCAGCUCUAGGAAAUCUGCUACAUGUUCAGGGUGCCAUACCCCAGCUGCUGGAUAAAAGUGUGUCCAGAUUACUAUUGAGAGCUGCAUGCACAGAUUCUUACAGUGUUGUGAGAGAAGCCGCCAUUGCAACUUUAAGCUUGUACACGCAGCAGGACGCAAUACGACAGGUCUUAGAAUCACUGGAUGCCAGAGGCAAACUACUUCAGGCCCAGCAGGCUCCUCUGCAAUGUGACUAUCUCCCUCUUAUUAGACUGCUCGAAACAGAUAAGACUGGUACAAAUUAA